AUGCCCGUUACCUUUCGUGAAAAAAGUUUAAUAGUCGAAAGCGACAAUGAUUCUGAACUGCUACGGGAAACCGCUCCUUUGAUUACUCUUCAACAUAUGUCUCAAGUUUGUCGAGGUUGGCGCGACCAGGUCAUUAAUUCCCCCUCCCUUUGGGCUUCAUCCAUUGACUUGACCUUUAUGGACCAACGGACUCCUUAUUGGAGAGAUGAGGUCAUCCGCAGAACAGGUAAUGCUUGCCUGACUGUGGUCGCAGAUAUGAGGGAUCAGGACAAUUUUCCACUGGACUUUUUUGAGGACCUUAUCUUGGUUCACUGGGAACGUAUCCGAAAACUACACUUUGUUGUCACAAAACUGGACAAUAAUGUUCUCACAACUCGCGCGAGAGCCAUUAUAUUAAGCGCACUACGACGACCCGCCCCCAAUCUGGAAAGCUGUACAGCGGUGGCCCUUCACGAACCCUCGGAUGAAGCAUCUACAGCUAAUUUCUCGAUUCUUUUCUCAGGGGACGCGCCACGGCUUCGUUCUUUUAUUUUGCACGGAAGCAUGCCGAAGUUUACCGGGUUAACAAACAUUCGGAAACUAUUGUUAUUUGAUGGGCAUUUCAACCUCGACAUCAAUAGUCUAUUAAACUGCCUUCGAUGCAUGCCAAAACUCGAGGAGUUAGCCAUAGAAUCGAAAAUCACUCGCAGAUCAGGGCCAGACAAUGAUCACCACGCUGUUCGACUUCCUCGACUCAACACCAUCACCGUCUACACAACAACAAAUUCGCUUCCCCUACUUGUUCGGUACAUAAUUCCUGCAGCGGGUUGCAGGCUUAUCUCAGUUGGGCAACAAUUUGACACUGUAUCAGAUCGUCGCAUUGCAUCACAUGCCUUGGCGUAUUCCAAUUUUUUUCGAACCUACACUUCACUACGCGACAUCGGAUACAUCUCCUAUCAUAUUGAACACGGCUUACCCACCUUUGGUCAUGAACCCUUCGUCGACCUUCGAGUGCAAUGUUGCGAUUCGCCGGAGUACCACAACAUGCACGCAACAGAACAUCACCACGUAUUCAUAGAAUCCGACGUAUCCCUCCAACGAAACCGAAACAAGUUAUCAUCAUUAUAUGCCGUCGCACAGGCGUUAUCCCAAUGUGAUCUCAGCUCUGUCACCUUCCUACAUCUUGUGCUCGAGGAGAACACUAUACCCACAUCCUGCACUCAGUUCCAUGCCUUCCUAUUGGCUCUGCCCUUCGUUGAAACCCUGCGAACCGACCUAUCCACGCUGCAGUUUUUGAUAGACAUUCAGUCCACGUUUUCGGAUACAAUUGUUUUACCAGGUUUGAUGACUGUCCGCCUUACCACAACGGGUAAUGGUCGGAAGGGAGCCCUUCGAGAUUUUAUGAUUUAUCGACAGUCUAUCGGAUUUCCUAUACAAUUAGUCGAUAUUGAAGACUAG